AUAUAAAAAUGAUGGUACAUACAACCAAGUGAAAAAUAUUUCUGGACGUGGACAUCUGAUAGUCUGAUGGGCUUUUCGGGGCAAAUUAAAGAAUGGGCCAGAAAUAUGAAAGGCCCACGUAAAUCCCGAAUAUAACCUAAAAAGCACACUCUUUAUUAACAGCCAGAAAUUAGGGUUUCUCUUAGUCAUCUUCAGCAGUCAGUGAGCAUCCAAAGGAGAAAGAGUGAGAAUCUGCCACCAUGGGUCGUAUGCACAGUAGAGGAAAGGGUAUUUCAGCUUCUGCGUUGCCUUACAAGAGACCGCCUCCGAGCUGGCUCAAGACUACCUCUCAGGAUGUUGAUGAAUCAAUCUGCAAAUUUGCCAAAAAGGGGUUGACCCCUUCACAGAUUGGUGUGAUUCUCCGUGACUCUCACGGUAUCCCUCAGGUCAAGAGUGUUACAGGAAGCAAGAUCCUGAGGAUACUCAAAGCCCAUGGCCUUGCUCCUGAGAUCCCUGAGGAUCUGUACCAUCUUAUUAAGAAGGCUGUUGCCAUCCGUAAACAUCUCGAGAGGAACAGGAAGGACAAGGAUUCCAAGUUCAGGCUCAUCUUGGUUGAGAGCAGGAUUCACCGCCUUGCUCGCUAUUACAAGAAGACCAAGAAGCUCCCUCCCGUCUGGAAGUACGAAUCCACUACCGCGAGCACCCUUGUGGCUUAAGCUGGAGUUGGUUCACCUUUUGGGAGGAGGAAGAUUCUACUAGUCUGUUGCUUCCUUUUUGUUUUGAUAAAAUCUGAACUUGAGUCUUCAUAUUUCACCAGGAUUUGAUGUGUUUGCCUUUUUCUUUGGAAUCUUUAAACUCCCUUCUUUAAGAGAAUCGUAUGAUCAUGAAUUUAAUCUUUAAACUCC